AUGGCAACGCUUAAGGUGACUGUGCACGAGGCGCGGGAUCUCCCCAUUAUGGACCGCACCACCGGCCUUGCCGACCCGUACGUCGUCGUGAAGCUCAACGACUUGGAGUACACGACGGAGAUUGUGCACAUGUCGCGGCAUCCGGUGUGGAACAAGGUGUUCCGCCUCGACACCCCGGACCUUCUCGUGCUUCAGGAGGACCCGCUGGAGGUGCGGCUGUACGAUCAUGACAUCAUCAGUCGCGACGACAUUGUUGGCCACACCUUCGUCGACUGCAACUCGAUGGUACUGCAGAGUAACCCGUCAAUGAGCGGGUGGUUCCCGCUCUUUGAUACCAGCGCGGCGGGUAUCCGUGGCGAGAUUCGCCUCACAGUGAAGAUAAAGUUCCACACCGCCGAAAAUCCGCUUGCGCCACGACUGCCGACGCGUCAUGUGCCGCGACUGCCGCCGCUUGGCACCGAGCACACUAGCACAGGCGAGGAGGCGGUGUCGCUGAACCCGCUGCCGGUACUGUCGGGAGUGGAAGGGAUAGAGCCACUGCGGGCUAUGCGGAUGCAGCACCCUUCCCUCACCGCGGAGGAUGAAGGUAUUCUAAUCUUCUCCGUUUCGAGGUUGGACCCUUCUGUGUACCGUGUCGAGUCAGUGCUGACGAUGGUGGAAGAGCUCAUUGUGAAGGCAGAUCCCGAGCAUUCAAAGCUGACCAACCUGCGCAGCACCCGCACCACCAACGAGGCACGCAUUGUGCAGUUGUACAAACUCAGCGGCAAGGUGCGGCGGCAGUUGGCGCGGAAGGUGGUUGAGAUGCAGUGCAACGCGGUGCUCGGAUAUGUGGAAGUGUUUGACAUGGAGCCGAAUGGUAUUAUUGUCCGCGCGUACGGCACGCCGUGUGUCCUCUCCUCUGUUAGAUUUGUUGACCGCGAGAGUGCGGAGCCGUCCCUCAUUAUCGCUCCGCAGCUUGAGCCGCGGCCAGUAGAGGUGCCCUCUGGCUACACGUUGCCUAAGCUUGACCCAUCGAAUAUGUCGCUGCAGGCACCUGUCGCUGAAACCUCUGAGCAAGUCAACAACAGUGCGUGUACACCGCUAGGAAUGGUGGGAUUGCCCAUCGUAGCACCGGUGGAAAGCGGGGCUUCGCUGUCGCUUGUGGAAGCGGACCCGCAGGCGAGUAACAGCUGCGCCAACGCCCCACUUCUACGGUCAUCGGUUUCUGGGCACGUGCAGCUGAUGCCUUCAGCACACGAAACCCCCUCAUUUGGUGUCGCACAUGCCCCCACCACUUUCACAGAGGCACCAUCGCAGCCGGCAGCGACAGGGACGCGCACGAAUGUGCUGAUUUUAACACUAAAGGACCUCCCGUCCGGUAUGGUGGAGCACAUUGGUGGACACAUCAGCGCGCGCUCGGUGAAAAUUGUCGCCAAAAUGAAGUCCAAACAGAUGAUUUCGCAGGAGCGCGACGCAUGGUGGAUGGAACUGCGUGAGGAACUAAGGGCGAACGCGCGGGCGUUCCACUGCAACGUGAUUUUGGGAUAUGAGGAGGUAGUGCUGUACCACGAGGAUGUUGCAGUGCUGUCGCUCUUUGGGACGGCUGUGAUGCUUAACCCCACGAUGCAUCCCCUGCGCUGCGGCCCGGAGUAUCUCUUUCAGCGCGCCAGGAGGCGCUUCGCCGCGCGGAAGAGCUGCUCGGUGCUGCACAUGUACCAGCACGACCUUCUCUCCAGGGAUAUUGCGGGGGAACUGGGUGACCUCAUUACGUGCAACGUCUGUCACCGCCGGCCCGUGCCGGAGGUGUUAUUGAUGUCCUGUGCAAUGCCGCAGGAUAUUGCGUGCGAGGGACAGCCCCGGCUCGUGCAGGCCGUCGUCUCCAAGGCGAAGAGCGCUGUCCGUGGAAUGGGCCUUGCUCUUGCCGUAUCGCAGGCAUUGCCAUACAUUGAGUACACCCUGCACAAGCAACUCCUCUUUAACCUAAAGCUCCAGCAACUAAACGCGGUUUUUGGAAUUCGCAUCACCAUAUGCAUCUGUCUUGAAUCCAUCAUCGGCACUUUGACAGGCACGGGCUGCCGCCUGAUGGGGCUCCCGGUGCCACCGUUGCCGCGGGUGGAGAUUCUCGACCCGGCAAUCCGCCGCAAUGAGACGGUGAUGCGGCUGCAGGAUGUUGUGGCAAAGCGCACCCGAGCUCGGCGGCGUCAUCGUCGAUCGCGUCGUGCAUCUGGAAUGCUGCGAGAUUCCGCAGCAACAACACCAUCACCACUGUCGUCGCCGUCAUCGUUGUCAGAAAACCAGGCGUAUGACUCGGUUUCCUCAACGACGUGGGUCGAUGAUGGCUCCGGCUCUGACUCUGCCAGCGAGCAUGAAGCGUACGGCAUCGGCAAACCCGGCAAGGUGUCUGACUACGUUGUCAAAAUUGACGAUGAGGAGGAAGCAGAGAUUAUGCUUGGCAUGAGUGGGGAUCUGGCGUUUGAAGAUAGCCUCCUUCUCACCAUUCCCUACAUGCCAGAGUGGGUGAACGCAUUCGGAUCGCAGGAGCGCAUUGUGAUGCAUCGUCGGUACACAUUUAUCCGAACACAUCAUGGAUAUAUAUCCACAGGGGCAAUUAAUGAGUGCUUUGCAGAAGCCAAGCGUGCCUAUGUGCAAACAGUGUGUCGUGUGGCGCUGCGGCGCAAUCGCCACCCGCUAGAGCUACUGCGUGUGAUGGGGUUCACUCUUGACAUGUUCUUCGAGCCCAACUCCGGCGCAUUGCAGUUGCGACUGGAGGGAUGCCUCAUGACGAGCACUGCGCCACAGCGUGUGCGGCUGAUGGAGCUAGAGGACAGAGCCUUCAAGGAAUGUAUGAGGUACCUGGAGGGCGACUCACGCCCGGUGCCUUUUGUCCACAACAGUUACGCCGGGUCGACGACGGUGACCGCGCAGCCGGUGGAUAACAGUAGUGCACUGCGUGGCUCGCUGUGCAGCGGCCGCACGGUGGACGGGAGCGCCACCUCAGCUCUGGGCGGUGGCGGCCAUGCGGAGAAGGUCAUUGUGCGCCACGUUGAGCGCAGCAUCUUCAUAAUGUGUAACGCACCGUAUGCGCUUCCCUUCGUGUUCAAGCGAGACGUACCACCACCUUUGUUGUGGUCGAACGAGAACACUGAUGCGGCAGCCUCAACAUUGCCUGACAAGUAUGGCUACUACAGGGACAACCGCGCGCGACCCGGGAUGAUAGAACGACAGUGGUAUGCCUUCACAUCUCUCGCCUCGACUGCCAUCCGCAAUGUGAUUGAGAAGAUUGGCGCAUCCACCGAUGGGAAGGGCGGCGUCGACACGCGUCACCGCGAUAGCAACACUGCAUUGGAGCCGCCGAGUGGCGGUCCCAUGCUGCAUCAACCGAUGAGGCGGAUCCCAGAGGACUUCCGCGCAUUUGAGACGACCGACACAGGUGUGGUCUUCACACCGCUGGACUUUGUAGCGGGCAGAACGAUUGCGAGGUACGUUGGCCGUCUUUCUCAACAUUUUAUCCGUGAGGUUUACGAGAUUGAAACCCCCACAGACCUCGGUGUAUACUUCCAGCAGACGGAUUUUGAGGUGCAGCGUUUGGUGCAGACGAUGGUGCGGCUGAUGGGUGGCGACACUCUGCUGAAGCACCGCAUGACGUACCACGAGGUGUGGGACUCGGAUGGCUCAGGGUGUGCCUCUGUGUUCAUCACGGUGACGGGGGAUGUAGUGCAGACAAGCAAAGUGCCGCUGGUGCCGCUGUCGUCGAGUGGCGGCGAUGAGGAUGAGGGUGAGGACGAUGCGUUUGAUGUUUGA